AUGCAACCGCCCGAAGCCACUAUGAAGGCAGAUAUUCUCAGCAUGGAGAUAAUGUGUUUUGCUGCUAAAAGUCGUAUCAGAUUCGCGAUAGUUUAUCGACCAUCCAAUUCCAACAAGGAUGAUGAUGAGAGUUUGAUAGAGUAUCUAACCACGCUACUCUCAUCUGGAGACAAAAUGAUAAUCCUAGAGCAACCUACUCAUGAGGAUAAUACACUUGACAUCAUCCUUACAACCUCCCCUCUUGUGCACAGUAUUACUGUCCGUCCCCCCUUAUCUACAUCCGAUCACUCAACUAUACACUUCCUUGUGGAUCUCACUUGUCCCGUAACUUCUUCAAUCCCACUGGCUGAUUUUCUGCAGGAAUUUCAAUACAUUUCCGCAUCUGAAGUAUACUGCAGAUUUUGUUCAAUAGUCUACAGAAUAUUUGGAUCUUUUGUUCGACUGAGACACCAGCGAUCAGCACUAUUAAGUUUUCCUAGUCAUAUCCAAAACCUUUUUUCUAAGAAGCACCGCGUCUUUUAUAAUUCAGAAAACCCACUAAAUGAUCCUUAUUACAAAAAAAUAUGCUGUGAUAUAGAUCAUCACUUGAAAAAGUUCUGGGCGAACUAUGAGCGACGAUUAGCAUCACACUCUUCAAUGAAAUAUCUCCAUGUUUAUCUUCGAAAUAAAAUGAAAUUUUCUGGACGUCCGUCUGUUUUAACCGACAACAAUGGGUAUAAGUGCUAUAAUGAUUCUGACAAGGCUAAGGCGCUGGGAGAUUAUUUUGCUAGCGUUUUUUCUCCGGAAAAUCCAAGCAACGAGUCAAUGCUUCGCAGCUUUAGUUACACGAAACCAGGUCUAAGUGAUAUCUACUUUCAUCCAUAUGAUAUUUAUAAGGUACUGAAACAUCUUAAACCCUCCAUUACUGAACCGUACGAUGGGAUUCCCCCUAUCGUUUUCAAAAAGUGUGCCUCGUCCCUCUCAAAACCUUUGGCUCAUCUAUUUAAUAUCUCAUCUCUCUUGGCUGAAGUCCUGUGGAAAGAAGCUCUAGUUACAGGUACCCCAAAGCUCCAGGUGCACAAUCGGUCUCUGAAUUCCGUCCAAUUAGUCUCACUUCAACUCCGAUCAAAGCAAUGGAAAAAAUUGUCAGAAAUAAGAUGUUGUCUUGGUUAUACAGGAUCAAAGCGGUACCGGAACAGCAUCACGGCUUUCUGCCUGGGGGUUCUACUGCAACAAACCUAG